GUGCCUAUGAGCCAAGCAGUUCCUGCCUCCUCUGACAUAUUCUUGGGCAACAUAGCCCUGUGAGACAUGUCAGCAUACCUGUGCAUGCUAACGAAAGCUGUAUUGCAAGAAACCGCGUCAUAGUCUUUGGUUUUCACUUCAGAAGAUCUAAGAACCUAACAACAAAGAAUCAACUGCACAACAGGCAGGAAACAUAAACAGUGUGUCUGCCUGAGGCCCUUCAAGGUAGGACCGACUUCAAGGGAGGGAAUUUCAUGACCUUGUGCUUCUGCAUCUCCACUGAGCGCCUCUCUGCCGAGCUCUGUCUGUGUCCCGUCACGGAGGGGGUGUGAAACAUGGCCCUCAAAGUCUCCGGUUUGAGGAGAAAGCAACCGUGCCAUCUAUUGAUGUCGGCUUACUCCCCCAUCUGUGUGGCUCUUCUGUCCUUCCUCCUCACUCCAGCUCUUGGUCAACUGGACCUGAACAGACUGGAUGGAGAUUCUGUCUGCCCGCCAAUAAGAAGUGGCCAAGAUGACCUUCCAGGGUUUGAUCUGAUCACUCAGUUCCAGCUGGAUGUUAUUCCCCUGAAAGGUGUGAGGAAAGUGGAUGGCUCCACAAACCUCCAGGUGGCCUACCGCCUCGACAAAGAGGCCAACUUCCAAAUUCCAACUAUACUCAUCUUUCCUCGCGGCUUCCCAGACGAGUACUCCUUCAUGACGACCUUCCGCAUGAUCAAGAACACAGUGAGCAAGGUGUGGAACAUCUGGCAGAUAGUUGACGAAGAUGGUUACAAGCAGGCCGGAUUACGGCUGAAUGGCGACGAGCAAGCUCUGGAGUACUUCCUGACAGGCCCCGAUGGAAAUCUGCAGACAGUCACCUUCCCCGGCCUUUCUGUGCUCUUUAACACAAAGUGGCAUAAGGUGAUGAUCGGCGUAGAGCAAGACCAGGUCACGCUGUAUGUGGAUUGCCAGCCUGUUGAUCAGAAACCCAUCAAAGGCAAAGGCUCCAUCAACACAGAGGGAGACACUCUUAUUGGCAGGCUGGAUGCUGAUCCCAACGCCUCCGUAGUGUUUGAGCUCCAGUGGAUGCUGAUACAUUGCGACCCAAAGAGAGCCCAGAGAGAAAGCUGCAAUGAGCUGCCUCCCUCUGAGAUGUAUGCCAAUGCUGAGCCUGAAAAAUCAAUCCCAGGCCCCCCAGGUACCCCUGGCCCAGAGGGCCCCCGAGGACCAGCAGGAGAAAAUGGCAGAGAUGGAAGAGAUGGUCUUCCAGGGCCUCCUGGCAGUCCUGGCGCUCCUGGCAGCAAAGGAGAGCAGGGGGAGAUCGGUCUUCCUGGACAGAGAGGACUGCCUGGUCUUCCAGGACCUGCUGGUUCAGCUGGUCCAAUGGGUCCCAGAGGGCCUGUAGGAGAGAGAGGACUUCCUGGCUUUCCUGGACCUCCAGGUCCUGCUGGUCCAGCAAGAGAAGGACCUCCUGGACCUCCUGGAAAACCAGGAACCCCAGGAGAUGAGGGGAACAUUGGACCAGAGGGUCCACCUGGGCCUAGAGGAGGACCUGGGGUUCCAGGCCCUCCUGGCCCUCCUGGCCCACCAGGGCGUGUGGGACCGCCCGGUGCCAGCAAUGAGGGAAGUGGGGAAGCUUGUCCUGCAGCCUGCCCUGCUGGACCCCAGGGGCUGCCUGGGCUACCAGGGAUGAAGGGACACAAAGGUCUGGAUGGUGCGCCUGGAAAGGACGGCGUUCCUGGAGAGAAGGGGGAAUCAGGAAAGCAGGGUCCUCAAGGACCACCUGGUCACAUGGGAGAUGAUGGACAAAGAGGACCCAUCGGAGUCCCUGGAACCGCGGGAGAGAAGGGAGACAGAGGCCCACCUGGCUUCAACGGUGUCCCAGGACCCACUGGUCCUCCUGGAGCUCCUGGUGUGGAGGGAAUGCGUGGACGUCUGGGUUUGCCGGGGCCUAAAGGCGAAGAUGGAGCCAUGGGAGCUCAGGGAUCACAGGGUCCUCCAGGGGAAAAAGGAGAUACUGGAGGGCCUGGAAAUAAUGGCUUAGAUGGAAGUCCUGGAGUUGAUGGCGCCAAGGGAGAGCCCGGCACUCCUGGAGCUGUUGGUGUCAGGGGGAUUGUGGGUAUUCCAGGUCUGCCAGGGAAGCCGGGAGUAGCUGGAACCCCCGGUGAGAAGGGCAGCACUGGUGCAGAGGGACCUGUCGGACCAGCUGGACUUUCUGGAAAAACUGGCGAGGCUGGAAAAGAUGGAGCAGAUGGAAAACCUGGAGAUAAAGGAGCAACUGGUCAAACAGGAAAACAAGGACCAGUUGGGCCUGCAGGUCCACCAGGAAUCCAGGGUGAGAAAGGAGUUAAAGGUAACCCCGGCGCCAAAGGAAUGAAGGGCCAUACAGGGCACAAAGGUGAUCUGGGACCUGUUGGACCAGUAGGACCGCAAGGAAGUCAGGGGGACAGAGGAGUGCAAGGAGAUCCUGGGAUAAAGGGAGACCAGGGCCCUCCUGGUGUUCAUGGAAUCAAAGGAGAGCGUGGGGAGAAGGGCCAAAGAGGAGUUACAGGAGCCGAUGGCAGACCAGGCCAGCCAGGACACGAGGGUUUGACGGGUCCAAUGGGAGCUCGAGGGCUGGAGGGAGAGCCGGGCCUUCCCGGAGCACCAGGCCCGAGAGGUCUACCUGGGCCAAAAGUGAGUGACGAGAAGCUUCGGGAAAUGUGUUCAGCUGUUGUUGAAGAGCAAUUAGCUGAAUUUAUGAAAGAACUCUCAAAAAAGCCAGCAGCCAUUGGUGCCCCUGGUACUCCUGGACCUGCAGGUCCUCCUGGACUCCCUGGACCAGCUGGAGCCGCAGGAGCAGCAGGAGCUCCAGGGACAAUGGGUCCCAAAGGGCCUCCAGGCUACUUUGGACUUCCAGGCGCACCAGGACAAAAAGGUGAUGCCGGGGAGAGGGGAGACAAGGGAGACAGGGGAGAGGAUGGUGUGGGAAUCAAAGGAAGCCAAGGCGCACCAGGUGCACCAGGUGCACGCGGCGCCCCCGGCAUUGGAAAUGAUGGUAGAAACGGAGAGCGUGGUGAGACAGGUAGUCCUGGUAUCCCUGGACCUAUUGGUCCAAGGGGGCUCCCAGGAUCUCCUGGCUUUUGUGACCCAUCAACCUGUAUAGGCAGACAUCCUCCACUUUAUAUGGUUGGUGGGAAGAAAUCCAUUGGCUACAAAAACCCAUGACACACCCCAAGCUCACUGAAACACUCCAAAUCUCAUCCUGCCAGUGACCACAUUUCAGGACUUGUCAAAGCACGGUGAUCUUUGGAAGUCUCCAUCUGAACCACGGAACGAGGAGACGCACAGGGAAACAGAACUGAGGCACAAUUGGAGAUUACUGGACAGAUGUUAACUAACCCAACAUUCAAAAACCGCUGUUACUGAUCCCGGAGCAACUUCUGACUGAUGGCAGGUCCAGGGCACACAAGUCACCCACCACAGUCACUCAAUAUCAAUUCUGCUCUUUUAGCUAAUAUUAAAGUCUAUUAUGUGACCCAUAUUGAAGCGAUCAUGAGCCAAUCUUAUAGUGAAGCUAGGUUUUACAAAAAAAACCCAAAACCUGAUACUAACAUCAGACAUGAGCUGAUAUCUUCAACCUGCUAUUUAAUUUAGGAUCAUACAUUUGUUCCCCUCAUUUUGUCAAAUCGAUGAUCUUGUUCAAAUGCUGCAAUAAAGUGUUGUGUUUUGAAAGUGUGCCAUCA